GAGUUUGAAGGAAAUUCAGCCAGUUUGCAAAGACCAUUGAACGCGAUAAAGUCGUUUCAUCAUUUGCGUCCAUUCGAGUCCACGUGAAUUUUAUACAAUAUUACUACUAAUACUUGGUUAGUUAGUAAAUAAUUCUUAAUUUUGAGACUCGUUAUCGUAUCAUUUGUAUAUAUAUUCUGAAUCAUAAAACAAGUGUUUUCGUUGGUAGUAUAUCUGUGAUAGAUCGAAUUCCCUAGAUUAACAAUACGUAUAAAAAGUGUGUUCGUGAAAGCUACUAAAGAUAAGUGAAAUAGCAAAUAUGAAGAUUCUGAGAACUGCUAUGCUGUUCACCUUUGUUCUGGGAUGCUAUACCUUGAGUGUCACUGCUUCUGCGAUUCCCAUGUGGGAAUUCCUCUCCAGGGGUGAGAAAGCGAGUUACUUGUUAAGAGUGUUCAGCAUGCAAGUAGCCAAGUAUUGUGCGGAUUCGUCCAUGCCGGAUUGCAACAAAAAUUUAUUGGUUGCCGGGAUGCGGAACUUAGCUAACAUGGACAAUAACAUUCUCGAUCAAUUGGAUCCAUAUCAACGUGAUGCGAAAGGACUUAUUUGGCGAGCCAUGAUAAAAAACGCAUAUUUUCCAAGACUUGCUCCUAAGCCAGAUGAAUUCUAUUUCUCCAUCGGAACAGAUUCAUUAGCUGUCGGUGAUAGCGAUGUAAACGGCAUAGGAGAAGAAACAAUGGCGACACACGAUUAUAUACAACCAUCCUCUGAGCACACUGGUCCAUAUCUAGUUGGACCAAUGGUGAUUCGAGUGUAUCCGGAUGGUCGACCGGUUCCGGAAGAUACAACGCGUCCUCUACCUCGAGAUGAAGAUAUGGAAGAAUUCAGGCGCUCCAAAGUACUUUCAGUCGAAGAAAUUAAAACUGAUAGUGAAUUCUACGAGAAACAAUUGAAAGGAAACUCAUUCGCGGAAGCCAAUAGUCAUCGACGGUCUCAAGAGGAAUCUACUCGAUUCCGAAGUAGUCAUUCACCAUUUAAGAGACGAUUACUUCAAGAAGUAACUGCAAAGCGUAAGAUACGGCACCAUUGAACAGGAAGAGUUUGAACUGACGAUAAAGAAUCGAGGAGCCUGGUCAUGUAGGCGGCUAUAAAAUUUGUUGAAUGUUGUUAGAAGUAAUGACAGAAUAGGAAAUUAUGUUUGUUCUUCGGAAAGUUAAAACUAUUGGGAGGUAUAGGAAGAGGUAAUGAAUAGACUGCAGAUUUUUAUGCAUUUAUAGGAAAUUGCACAGAAUGCACACAAAAUAUAUAAAAUAUUCAAAAUAUAGUGCUCUCUAUAAUAUUGGAUUGUCCGAAAAGUGUCUUUCUUUUACAGACACGUCUUUUACAACGAUGCAUCUUUAUACAAACAUGAAACCUAAUCUGUCGAACGUUGUGAUCUUUAUUUUGAUAGAACAAAAUGGAUCAUACGUAAUUCGAUAAAAUAAUUUUAACUGAAGUUUUCGUUUUUAAUUAUAUUCUCAAAAAUAUGAAUUUGGAUAAAAAUCUGUAGUCUCAGAAUGAAAUUUACUUUGAGAUGUUGAAAGUCUUAUAUGAAAAAUCUUAAUACCUUUUGUAGAUACAGUGAAGACACAUUUGCAAGAAUUUGGAUCAAUUUAUAUUCUAUUCAGUUUCUAUAUUCAAAACUGUCGUGGUUAUUUCUUGUAGUUAUGAAAAACUGGUCUUUCAUAAAAGAGAUAGCUGUUUGUUAUAGAUUAUAAUUGAAGAUUAUUUUUUGAUGAAGAGUUAAUAUUUCAAUCAUUUAGUCGUUUUGAACAAUUUAUUGGAUGUAAGAGAAUGAAUGGAGAGUGAUACUUUUCGAUAAUUUUAAUUGUUUAUGUGCACAUUAUUAGAUAAUAAUCUCGUAAAGCGAUGAGUUUGAAAAGACUGCUUUUGAUAAUGGUAUUCAUAUAUUUCGUGUUAAUAAUUAUACCAAUUUCUAAAAACAUUUACUACAGAAUGUAAUAUUUAGGAAGUUAAUUGACGAUUGGUCGACGGUUGAAUCGUUUGUAGUUUUCAACUUAAAUAAGUAUAUUAAUAAGUACUUCAAAUUAGUAUAUAUACUCCUCUUUUUUUAUAUUUCUGCACACUCUUUUAUACGUAGGUAAUGUCGACCAUGAAUGUUGUUAAUCACACAGUUUUCCAUUAAUUUAUUAUUUAUUUCAUCAUCUAUAAAAGUAUCAUUUAUUUUUACAUUGAUUUCAUUUAUAAUUUCAUACACUAUUCAAAUAAGCAUGAAUAUAGACCAGUUCUUUUUGUUAUUUGAGAUUUUUCCAAGUCUCAAUUAGAUUUUCAGUUGUUUUGUUUGCUUUUAAGGUACAUAUCUUUGUGGCAUAAGGGAACUUACCUCGCUGAAAAUUUAUUAUUUUUCAUGCUGAGUGAAUAUACGUACAAAAGUCAUAAUAUAAUGAAAUAUAUUUUCGUGUAUACAAUAAUAUUUGCAUUCGUUAAAAUAUUAUAUUUAUUGCAGUUGUGUAAUAAAUUUCGAAAACGGUGAAAGUGACGAUUUGUAAAUAUAUAAUUUGAGUUUUGGUAUGUUAUAUUUUAUGAAAAUUUUGUACAUAAUGUGCAAUUUCGAGAUUUAUAUUUGCAUAAAGCACAAUAUUAGAAUUUAUUUUAAGAUGAUGAGCCCAUAUGUUAUACAAAUACAUAAUAGACUAGAUUUUGUAUAAAACUGCUCAUAAAUAUUUGUAAGAUGUGGUAAGAUUAAUGUUAAAGCGAGAAAGAUAGUUUGUCAUUAUAAAUAUUUUUAAGCUACAGAUGAUUUAAAAUAAAAUGUGAUAUUUGA